AGAGAGAGAGAGAGAGAGAGAGAGAGAAAGAAAGAGGGACGCAGUGGCUCUGUCCACGCGCCACGCGAGGUGAACAAUUUUGCCCGUUUGAGGCGAUCACAACAGCGCAGUCGAGACUUUUUCGCACAAGCACCAGCCAGAGCCGGAAUGGAACCCAGUGGCGUGUUGCUGUGCUGAAAUGCUGGCAAAGGAAUUUCGCCAUCUAGAUUCUCUUUCCGACCACUUUGGACUUUUACUCCCUUCAUUUGAAAACGGAAAUCUGUACUUUCUUCUCGUUACAUUGUCAAAAUAGGCUCCCUUCCUUUUUCCCAACCGAGGCGCAAGAAGAAAAUAGAGAGGUAAAGCCAGUUGAGAGAGAAGCAAGAUAUUCCCCAUCCGUGGCCUUAUAAACAGCAUCAUGCGGCAUGUAACGUGAUUAGUUAUUUUUCUUAGUACGAUGUAAGUUCAUAAAAUAGGGAAGUGUGUUUCCUCAUUGUGGCAAGUUAUCAAGACAGAUACUAUAUGUAAUUGACAGUAAAAAAAAAUUUAAAAAAAUGCAUUUUUUUUUAUUUGCUACUUUUGUUCCUUUACGGACGGACAGGAAACAGUACUUCUACUUUUCCCAGUUUUUAUGGACACUGUGCACACUGUGUGUGCGGGGGAUGCACAGUACUUUUGUCUCCUCUUGCGCCCCAAGUGGCCACCGGCUGUAAUUGAAAAUGGCCCUUCUGUUUAAAACGGCGACCUGUGCGGUAUUUUGGGGCUUUUUUUCAUGGACUGACACAAAGUGCUGACUGUUAAGCACUAAAUUGGCCAUUUUGCGAGAAAAUGACAUUGUAAAUGUUGCUUUUCAACUUCAUGUCAGUAACACGCAGGCACGUUUACUGCUGCAGUAACAAGCAUGAGCCUCUAGAGGGAGCGAUAGCAGUAAAGCGAGAAAAAUGAGAGUCCACCAGAGUGAACAAAGUGUGCGAGACGGCAGCAAACUGUCACUUUUAUUUUACUGCAUCAUCAGUACAUUCAAAGACAUGUUGGAUUUGAGGUUGGCCUUCACAGGUCCUUCUGACCGUCCUCGUCGCAGGUGCAGCACAAACGCUACGUUGCAACGCUACCCCGCGCGUACCCCGUAGGCACAGACGCAAUCAGCGCUACGUUAACGGAAACAUUUUGGUGCAGCCAUGACACAUUCGACAAAUGAAGAAAAACUUGAGAUUCCGAGUGACAUCUUUCGUGCUGUCAGUGGUCCACCGCUGGUCAAAGUUCAUGCUGGUUUUGGGCCCAACCUGUGAAAGCCGACUUGGACGAAACCCCAGAGUGGACACUCUGACCCGGAUCAACUGGACUUUAUGUUUUCCCGUGGCACACUAGACGAUCUCUCAAGGUACUUUAACGUGGGUGAGAAUCACUGCAGUGGCACUGGAUUGGAUUUUGUGUCAACUGGGGGCAAGAGGAGGGACUUGCCUCUGUUAAAUGUUUGGGAGAUCCUGGAGGAAGGCGGCUGCAGCUGGUGUACAUCCUGUUGGUGUGUCGGUGGGGCGCGGGCGGGGGCGGGGUUAAUCCUGUAGAAGCAGAUCUUCUAGAAAACACAAGACCAAAAAAAAAACAAAAAACAAAAAAAUCCAGUUCUUUCCACAACAUCAGAUAGAUCUGCAUCCUUUCUAGUCUUCAACAGGCUUUUUGUUCGAAUCAUAGCUGACGCAGGAGCAGCUCUACUUCCUGUGGUUCUAUGUCAACUGGCCCCCUCACUUCAGAGCCCCCCGGCCCGAAAUCCCUCAAACGUAAAGCUCGUCUUCACAUACUUGCUCUCACACGACAGCUGCUGUGCAACACUGCCACGACAUCCUAGCAAGCCCAAAGGUCAAGCUGAUCGAUUCCUCUGUACUUCCUGUCAAGAUGGAGUCCCCCCUGCUUUAUUUGGCGACGACCAUGAUCUUGUCAUGCGCUGUCGCCGCGUUCUCUCGCGGCGCCGGUCCCGCUUCCUGCCAGACGAUGAGUCCGGGUCACAUCCGGGCCCAACCUCAGGACCCGAAGCAGAGCCACGUCACCAUUCGCACGUCGCUGCGCUCGUAUCUGCCUGGACAGCUGGUUACAGUGACUGUUCGAAGCUCUCGGGACUUCAUGGGCUUCCUGCUGCAGGCCCGCAGUGGUGUAGAUCCCGAAGCAGGUGCGGCCGCAGGGUCUCGCGCGGAGGGUCCGGUUCUGGUGGGCGGCUCCUGGACCCUGGCUCCGCCCGGGACCCACACGCUGCGCUGCCUGUCAGAGGGCGACACGCUCACCCACUCGGACAAACAGCUGAAGCGGAACCUGUCGUUUGUGUGGCGGGCCCCCGAUGCACCCGUGGGAGACGUUCGCUUUUAUAUCACAGUGGUCCAGUCCUACUUUGUUUACUGGGCGGGGAUUAAGUCUGCAGUGGUGCGUGACGGGAGUCGAAGUCUUUGGACUGGGAGAAACACAACAGGAGCACAGCGAGAAAGAGCAGUUUUUGGUCUCCGUGAUGAGAACUUGACUGCAGUGCCAGGAAAACAAGGCUUUACCCCUGAAGGAGUCUGGAGCAGCACUGCAAGUCCAAUGUCGCUCGCAGGGCACCAAAUGGGUAGGGGGGUUACUAAGAGGAACAACUCUGGAAAUCAAAAUCCAAGAAGUCUUUCUAGUGACAACUACCCAGAUUUAGGAUCCGUGGCUGAGGAGUCAAGAAGCGAUCCUUACUCAUCGCACCUUCCUUUCAUCACCCCGCUCCCACCGGAUGAAAGUGCAAAAACGUUCUCCGCUCCUGCGCCCCCUUUUCCGCUUCGCUCCCUCCGCCAUUGGAAGCAUGAGAGUAGGGAGAGAAAAGACCCAGAAACAAGGACGUCCAAUCGAAAUCUACUAAAGCCCUCAGAAAAUCGCAGUCUCCUCAGCACGAGCCCUUCAGUGCAAACAUCCCAGAAACCCACAGGACCACCAAAUGUGCCAACCAGUUUGUUUGCAUACGAGACCCCAAGCAACUUUGCCACGUCCCAGAGGAGGCUCACAAGACAUGAAAACCAGAGCCAGUCUCGGUCUUUGCUUCAGUCAUGGUCACACACUGACACAGAUACAUCUUCCACCAAGACAAUUUCCCAUUCCAUUCCCUUUUUACCGAAUCCUCUGAACUCCCCUAAAUCUCUUCUCCAGCCCCAUACAAAGCCUGAAGAGAAUCCAUCCGCUUCCAGAGACGGACUGCCGCAAGCUCCCAGCAGCUCUCGUCAAACGCAGCUGCAAACUUUCUUGGCUCGAUCUCGACAGAAAGUUAGCUACGCCCCGAGAAAUCUUGCCCUGUCUAACAAAGUAGUUGAGGGGCUGAGUACUAGCCCCCAACCACGGCCCCAAGCCCAUCUCCAAACUGUGCCGGCCUACACCCAACCCUCAGUAUCUACUAGAAGAUUAGAUGCGUUGCUUUUGACAACAAGGACUGAACAUGCCAUUGUCUCUUCCUCCACAAUGGUGAAAAGCAUCAGCCCAUUCUAUUCCUCCACUUCUUCUCAGGGUGUUAUCUCCCUUCAAUCUUCAGCAAGCCGCAAAGCUCCUCUUGACGUCUCCGAAGACACAACCACACAGCCAUCUUUUACACGUUCCUCCAGCCAAGAAAAAAAGUCUCCUGGAUUUUCUGCUCUCCCAAAUCCUCCUCCCAAAUCGAUCUCGAUCAUUCUGUCCUCCCCUUUCCAAAUGGUGUCCUCCUCAACAUCUUCAACAUUUCUCAUGAGCGGUGUCAUCAAUUCUCCACCAUCAGCUAGGCUCUUUUCUCGUGGUCCCUUUAGCGCUUCUUCCAACCCAGGAACAGGGAGUUCCCUCUCAUCUUCUACUACCACCAGCUCUCCAGCUGUCCCCUCCUCCACCAAAGCAUGCGUUCCUUCAACUUCUCACCCUUCUUCCUCCAUUCCCACCUCAGUGGGACCCUCGUCUUUGAUUUUGCCUGCCCCUUCUUCCUCGCAGGCAACCUCCCCGCAUCCAGGACCUUCUCCGGCUCCACGUCAAUCUGACUACAACCUCCCCUCAAUACCUCCCCCACCUUUGCCAUCCCCAAGACAGAUCCGCGUUGCGUCGUCUGAUCCCAAACAAAAGCGUAAGACCUCAACCUCCAGCCGCAAACUCCAAUCCAACAUCGGGGGUGUAUUAAAACCAAAGUCAGCAAAGCCAGAUACCAAGCUUCCCUUCAAUCCCUCGAAAAUUCCAAGCAUGGAGGGCAAGUACCCCGAAAGUGUGCCUAGGCAUAGCUCUUGGGAGCUGGGAAUGCUGCUGGGCUGUUCGGCCGGCCUGGGGAUGGCGCUGGUGGUCGGCGUGCGCUACGUGUACCGACAGGCCUGCGGGAAACGCACCGAGGUGACCCUGAACGACCGGGAGAGAGAUUACGGGAGAGGCGAGCGACGGAUGAUCCAGGUUCAGGAGUGUGGCGAUCUGGUCCGAGUCCGCCGAAUCCGAGAGAACAGCCUUGUGCUUCUUGCCGAGUACGACAUAUUAGCAUCGCCCGGAGACUGAAACGUAAUGCCAUGUUAGACACAGACACUUUC